UUUGAAGAACUGUGGAUCUCUGGGCAGGUUUGGCUCCUGAGGCUAUCGCACUACUGGUGUCUUGCUUUGUCAUCUCUGGCAACAGAGUGAAAUGCACAGGAAACAUUUUCAUUCUUGCUUCACGUUUGUUUAAGUAAAUGAGAUGAAGCAGAAAACAAAUCUAAGCACUGGGCAAAAGCACGAGGGCAGAACCUCCCCUCCCCCCGCCCCCAACCAAUUCAAGGAAAGAAAUAAAGCUAAUAAGUCUGCCAAAAGAAAAAAACAAACACGCGAGACAAAUACCACUUCGUCUGUUUUGGUUAAAGGGAAAUCUCACCAGGCCCAUUCUGUUAUCUGAAGCUUAAGUGAGUGAAAUACUGUUUUCGGAGAAGCUCUCCCAAGGACCCCGUUUGUCCUUCUAUUUCCAUAGUAAAGGUUUUCUGUGUCUGUUCGACUGCACGGGAAGAGGGAGCACACACAGAGGCUCGUUUUCUCUGUCACAGAGUUAAAGAAGAAGCAUCGAAAGAACUUUGAAAGUGAAAACAUCCAGAAAGGGGCAGCCGGAAGUCUACUAUUCUCCUGGGAGCUCAUUUUGGAGAAAAAGAAAGAAAACCAAAUCCAGGUCUCCAAACUCACUGAAAACAAACAAACAAACAAAAAACGUCUCCCUCUUUACCAGUGGCCAUACAAGGCAAGAAAUUGCUUCUUAAACCAAAAGGUUCUAUGCUGGAAAAAGGUUCCUCUUGAACUUUUCAUACUGAGGAAAUGGCCGGGCCGGGGGUGGCGGCAGCAGAGCUGCUGCUGCUCUUGAGUAUGGUCUGGCGUUCAGAUGCCCUCUGUUCCCCUACUGUGUUCUAUAAGGACUGCUGGAUCCGGCGCUUUCCGGGUUUCCUAAUAGACCUGGAGGAGUCUCAGAAGCUCGGAGCCCGGUUCCUAAAGUAUUACUCAGAAAGCACCGGCCAGAAGUGCGGGAGGAGCUGUUGUCUGGCGAAGGAUGUUCCUUGCAAUCUGGCUAUUUUCUUCCACGAUCCCAUCCAUGACAAUGUCAACUGCCUUCAUGUUUACUGCCCAACCCUGGAGAGCUGCAUCUUACAGCCCAUGCAUAGUGCCAUCUUAUACAACAUCACCGCAGGUAUUGAUCCAGAUCUGCUUGUUUUCCAAAAAUCUUCUUCCAAAGAUCCGAAUACACGUUCUUCAUUUAAUAGAUGGAACAGGCUAAAUAACAUAAAGGCUACUCAUUUAGAGAAACACCAAACUAUCGUGGCAAGCCCCAUGUUACUGUCAGUAGAGGUUCCAGCUUCAACCACACAUCAAGAUGUGGUUGUAAAUACCAGCAAUAUCAGUUUUUCUAAUGCCAUAACCACAGAUUAUUGGACAACAUCCAUUCCACUGAAUGCAUCAGUUACUACACAGAUAAAAAUGGUUUCCCCGGGGUCUGAUCUCCUCAAUAAUCUAGGUAACCAGACAGUUUCUCCUGCUUUUAAGUCAAUAGAAACAAAAGUACUUUCCCACAUGUCUAUCCCAGAACAUCUCAACAGUAGCAAAAAGCUAUUGAAUGAAACAAAAUGGCACAACAGCAGGAACUACACUUCUGAAAAUGAAGAACAGAAACCUGUUGGGGAAUCUUCAAACACAUGGCUGGUCCCUGUAGCACUCAGCACAUCCAUCAUCCUUCUUUGCUCUUGUCUGGUCUUCUUUGCAUCAGGAUGCUGCCAGAAACGACAAGGCCAUUAUGAGCCAAGACACAAUAAGACACACCACUGAAAAGGGAAGGUAGUGACAGCAGUUAAGGUUACAGGGAUGACAAGAAACUUUGAAGUUUAUUUCAUUGUCAGUUUUGGCAAGAUAUUAAGUGAUAUAGUAGAAAGAGGGUUGGAUUUGGAGUCAGAAAGACCUGGGUUUGAAUUCUGCUUCAGACAUUUGCUAGUUGCAUGACUGUAGGCAAAUGAUCUAGCCUCUCAUCCUUGGUCUCUUAGGUGUAAAAUGAGAUUAGACUCAAUGAACUCUGAGGUCCAUUCUAGCUCUAGACUACAUCUCUAAUGUAGUCAUCCUACUUAUUAGUUUCUUAUCAGUCAUCACACUAAUUAUUUUUUCUCACCACAAAUGUGAUAAGGAUGACCCAGUAUCCUAUCAAUGUAGAUAGAUGUUUUUUUCUAUAAAAGUUAAGAUAAUUAAAAAUCUAUGUUUUACCAAUAAGCAGAGAGAAAAACUCAUUAAGCAGUUGGAUUUAUAUCUCUAAUAAGUCAAAAUUACCCCAUUGUAUGUAUUCUCCUGCUGUGCUUUUCCUUGGGUUGAGAAUGUCAACCCCUCAGGCUCCCUCCCUCAAGUCACAUUUCUCCUUGCUUAAAUAUCCUGUAACAUUUUACAAGCAUCUCUUUUAUGCACUUAUCAUAUAACUUUUCUAUUAUAGUUAUUUGUGUAUAUAUCCUAUCUCCUUACUCAACUGGAAGCUCCAUGAGGGCAGAGUUUAACCUUCAGUAGGGCAUGGAUAAAUGUUUACUAAAUAGAACUUUUGUAAAUUGUGGUAUCCGUUGGUGAUGGAAUACUAUUAUGCUCAAAGGAAUAAAGAACUGGAAGAAUUCCAUGUGAACUGGAAUGACCUCCAGGAAUUGAUGCAGAGUGAGAGGAGCAGAACCAGGAGAACCUUGUACACAGAGAUUGAUACACUGUGGCACAAUAGAACAUAAUGGACUUCUCUGCUAGCAGCAAUGCAAUGAUCCAGGACAAUUCUGAGGGACUUAUGAGAAAGAACAAUAUUCACAUCCAGAGAAAGAACUGUGGGAAUAGAAACCCAGAAGAAAAGCAGUUGCUUGAACACAUGAGUUGAUGGGGAUAUGAUUGGGGAUGUAGACUCUAAACAAUCACCCUAGUGCAAAUAUCAACAAUAUGAAAUAGAUUUUUAUCAAUGACACGUGUAAAACCCAGUGGAAUUGCAUGUUGGUUACAGGAAGGGGUUGGGCUGAGAGGAGGGAAAGGACAUGAAUCUUGUAACCAUGGAAAAAAAUAUUCUAAAUUAAUUAAAUUAAAAUUUCAAAAAAAUUCUAAAAAUAAAUAAAUCAAUGAAUAAAUGAAUGAAUAGAACUAUUGAAAUAAAAUCUUGAUUCUAUCAUUAAGUAGUCAUUUUUCCAACCUUUGUAUGUUUGGCAUAUUAGAUAAAGGUGCUUUCUUUGUUUCCACCCAAGCCAUAGAUAAAAGGGAGCCUGAAUAUAGAUGCUUAUGGCAUCCAACUAGAUACUUUUUCAGUUCGACAUAGAUGUAUUAAUUUUUAAAAUGUUAUUUUUAUUAUCAGGCAAAGCCCACUUCCAUAUUGGUCAUUGUUGUAAGAACACACUCAGACAUAAUCAAAACCCCAAAAUAAAACCAUAAAUACACUGAUGUCAAAGACAGUAUGCUUUGCUCUGCAUCUAUCUGACUCUUAACAGUUCUUUUUCUGGAGGUGGAUAGCAUUCCCUGACAUUUCAGGAUUUAGACAUUAAUUAACAUUAUUUAGCUAUAUAAUUCCAUAUUACAGUUAGUUAUAUAUACGUGCAGCUCUGAUGAGAUUGUGAGUUCUUUUAUGGCAAAAACUAUUUUAUUUAAUCUAUGAAUCUCUGUAAUGGUCUAACACAAUGGAAGACAAAAUGUGGGUAUUUAAUAAAUGUUUUUCAAACUUG